CCAUCACUAACAUACAGCGGCAACAGUUUGGAAUCAUUGGUCUGAAUGUGACGAUCAGUUUAUAGAGUUCAAAGAGCAAACAACGAACAUUUUGGGCGUCAUUGGAUCUGCAGUCCAGUACGCUUGUGUACAUGGCCAAUGAAUCCUGGUUGGACCUGGACUCUUCCCUGCGCCGUUCAUCUAAACUUGGGCAGGAGGUGUUGGAAAAAGCGAAGAGACGGUCUUUUAGCUGCUCAAGUACAAGACCAAGAUCAUCACCCGUGUUCGAUCACAAUGAAAUAAACUCAGAGUGUGACAUUUUCCAUUCAGACUUGGACCAUGCUUUUUCAAAAAUAGUGGAAUACAUGUCAGAAACUACCGGACAAUGCAAGAAGUUUUAUGAGACUAUGAACCUGGCUCGGCCCAGUGAGCAAGAACACAUCUGUCGCUACCAUUCCCAACAGAUGUUGAGGACCGCAGACCAGAAACAGAAUGCUAGUGCAGCAAUCAAACGAGACAUUGGUUCAUCAGAACCAGAGGAUUUCCUUAUUGAAGUGUCUCCAGGCACCUAUUCCAUCACAGCAGCAAUGCAGGACACAAAGCCACAGUCGAAAACUGUCCGCAUCAAUGCAGGAGAAAGCAUGAGCCUUACAUUCAAACUCUGAACUUCACCUGUAUAUUAUAUGUAUGAAAUUCAGUGCCUUAAUUGAGGACUUGCACAAUUGUAAAUGCACUGACUUAGAUUUUUUUGAGUAUUCAUAAGUGUUGUUGUUUAAUACUCAGGAAUAUUUAUAAAUUUUUUAUAGUAAUCAUGAAUUUAUAUU